CUUCGCCUUAUCUAUCCACCGUUUUACUCCGAGACCUAGAUCACCACAGAUGAGGGGGAAUGUGUAGGGGGGUCGGUGAGGGUAAUACGAGAAUAGCUAUAUAUAAUGGUAGAGUCGCAUCACGAAGCAACGAUGGGAGCAGACAGUCAGUCCCGUACGCUUUCCUCUGGCUGCUGUGCCUACGCUACGGUUUAUACUUACUCAUCAUGGUGGUUCCUAGGAUCUUUGUCGCCCUCGCGGCUCUAGCUGGCGCGCAAGCAGAUGCCGUGCCAAGAUCGACAUACAAGGAUGGGGCAGAUCUUGUGCAGCCGAUGUUCAAAGCGCUGGACCUGGGCUCUAUUAAGCCGCUGGGUUGGUUCAAGGACCAGCUCGAGCUCGAGGCGGCGGGCUUGUCCGGGAACAUGUUCGACUUCUACCGCUUCGUUCACGAUUCCAAGUAUCUAGGCGGAAAUACCGAGUACUCGGGUCUAGAUGAAGCUUCCCCUUAUUGGUUUAACGGCCUCGUUCCGCUAGCCUUCGGACUAGGCGAUGAUAGGAUCCGCGGCCAAGUCAAGUACUAUCUAGAUUACCUCCUUGACCAUCAGCAGGAGGAUGGGUGGCUCGGAUGGGAGACCACACAAGCUACGAGGGGGAUUUGGGCUCGCAACCUACUUCUGGCAGCACUUAUGCAGUACGCUGAAGCUGAUCCAACCGAGACGGACCGCAUCGUGGAUGCCAUGCAUCGUUACGUAGUCCUUGCGCAUAGCAUGCUUCAGAAUAACUUUACUGGUCUUAUUGUUCAUGGCAAUGAUACAUAUGAUACGGCUGGCUUCGGAGUUGGCCGCACACAUGAGAUGCACAUCCCCUUACAAUGGUUAUUGGAAAGAUACCCUCGGAAUAAUUCUCAGAUCAUCUGGGAGACAAUGGACCUUAUGAUCGAAGGAGGCGUGGUGUGGGGAGCAGAUUGGAGGACUUUCUGGACAGACGAAGCGUAUCCUAAGGUCUAUUACGAUGAUACUCCAUACGACUUGAGCUGGGUCUUCCUCCACGGCGUGAAUAUGGCCGAAGGCUUGCGGUACACCUUAUCAAUAUACCGGAACACAGGAGACCAGGCUCUCAAGACGCAGACCAGGAAAGCCGUCGACUUACUAGCACAGUAUCACCGCUCGCUUGCGGGCACUAUCAUCGCCGACGAGUAUAUCUCGGACUUGAAUCCCAGCCGAGGAGCGGAGCUCUGUAUCGCGGCCGAGGUCAUGUUCUCCUCUGCGUACAUCUACCAAUAUCUAGGCGACAACGACAUCGCCGACUGGGCGGAGCAGACCGCCUUCAAUGCGUUCCCAGUCUCUGUUUCUUCAGACUGGUGGUCGCAUCAGUACGUCCAGCAGGAGAACCAGCCGUGGGCCAGAAAUCUCACAACCGACCAAAACUGGUUCGACGUCAACUCCUACUCCACCGUCUUCGGUCUCGAGCCCAACUACCCCUGCUGCACGGUAAACCACCCGCAAGCCUACCCCAAAUUCCUCGCCAACGCCUUCGCCACGACCGACGGCCGCGCCGGGCUCGCGCACCUGUUCCUGAUCCCGGGCAGCGUCGCCGCGACGCUCGGCAACAACGGCGAGAACAACGUCGUGAGCGCGAGCGCCAACACCACGUACCCCUUCGGGCACACCGUCAGCUACACCGUGACGGCCGACCAGCCGCUCGACUUCUACGUGCGGAUCCCGUCCUGGGUCAACGUAAGCCGGAGCACGAUCGACAUCAGCUCCCCAAGUUCCACCACCAACACCACUUCCUUAACCCUAUCUUCCGCCGUGGCAGCGGCACAAGCAUCCUCGUCCGCGCGCCCCAUAGGCCCCUGGGCGCAAGGCCUCCUCCCGCUCGGCCUACCCGCCGGCACAUCCACCUUAUCUCUCCGCCUCUCCACGACGCCGCGCUACGAGACGCGCGCGAAUAACACGGCAGCCAUAUACUACGGCGCGCUGCUCUACGCGCUCGCCAUCGAGUACGACACCGAGGUCCUGCCGCCCGUCGCGUACCGCACGGAGGAGGUGCUGCCGGCCAACACGACGGACCCGGAGGGCCGGACGCGCGACCACUUCUACACGCCCAAGGCGGGCGCGCUGUGGAACGUCGCCGUCGACCCCUCGCAGAUCCGCGUCGUGCGGCGCGCCGCGAACGGGACCUACGUCGAGCACGACGCCGAGAACGACGUCCUCGAGGUCGCUGAGGACGAGCUGGGCAACCCCGUCUGGGAGCUCGGCGGCCCGCCCGUCGAGCUGCGCGUCGCCGCUGUCGAGAUCGAUUGGCCCGUCGUCCUGGACACGGCUGCUGACCCGGGAACCUUCGACGUGAAGCCCACGGGGAAGCCGUUCGCGGCGCGGUUCGUGCCUUACGGGUCUGCGAAGCUGCACAUGGCUUUGUUGCCCGCGCUUGAGCUGGACGACGUGGAUUUCGGUCUUUGAUAUAUCGAUUGGGAUAUGUGAUUAGAUCAGAUCAUCCUCAGUAGGUACCUACUUAAGACAGAAUA